GGUCACAUCGUCUAUAGUGUACACAAAUAUCACAUUCUUCCUUUGAUUUGAAAUGCUUCCACAGUUACCAAACCCUAGACUACAUUAGCAUCGGGAACAGGGUUUUGUGUGUCUGGUGUUCUUUUUUUGGCACAGUAAUUUAGUGUCUUAUCUUGUGUAAAUCCAAUGGCUUGACAACCUGUGAACUUCAGAUACAAAGAUGUAUUGUUCUAAACUCUGGAGAGAGUGCUUAAAUGGCCAAGAGGCCAAUCAAGUAAUCUGGAUUAUUGACUUGAAAUCUUCUCUUGAAAUCCCAGAAUUCCCCACGUGAUUAACUUCUUCCAAAGUGCAUAGAGACUUCUCUGUGAUUGUGAUAUGCGCUAUACAAAAAUGAGUCCUUGGGAAAAGUUUUGAUUACGCAUCAUUGAACAUUCCUGCCAGUAUUGGGAUUUGUAUAGCCUUUUUGAGUGAGUGCACUGAACCAUAGAGAAAGGUCAUAGAGAAAGAUUGAACCAACUGUGAAUGGAAUUGGGUGGGUUUAUUGCCCAAUAUAAACCCAGUGAUGCACACACAUAUACAUACUGUUGAGUAGACUCAAGGUUGUCAUAGGAAAUGUUUUAGUGCUGUGUGGAAUAUGAAGGGUGUGCCAGUGAUCUUGUGAUAGCGAAGACCACUCUCAAGCACCAUGAACAGGAACGGUAACAGGGCGGCCGUGAGGCACAUCUCUGACAUCACCCAAGAAGAUCUUGACAAUCCUAAACGGAGAUCUGUUCAUCAUCAGUGGCCGCUAUUAAAAAGUCACAGUCACCAUUCCUUUGGUUCCGAUGAGCGUUUAGACCAGUUGGUUUUUGACUUCAAGCACAAUCCAUCAUGGAUAAGGAAGAACAUUGGCAUGAAGGUUUGCAUCCGCUUUACACCGGUACCCAUCAACCCUGCAAAACCUGACCCAGAACCGGACAACCCAUUGUGUCAGUGCGGCAAACGCAAGUUUUUUCAUGAAGAACGAUUCCAUAACAACAUCGAUCCAAAGGCCCCAUGGAAGUCGGAGACACACACCCAAAACUCCAAGACCAAUGCCUUUGGAGAGAUAGAAUUCAUUGGGGCUGCAGGAGCUGGUCUGGGAUUGCAGUUAAGAAAGUUUGUGAGAGUCAACCAUGACAUCCAUCCUCACACAAUGUUACAACUCCUCAACAAACAAUGGAAUCUCGGCACUCCAAAACUCCUGAUCUCGGUGACCGGUGGAGCUAAUAACUUCCACAUGAGCAACAAAUUGAAGUCGGUAUUCAGGAAGGGAUUGAUCAAGGCAGCCCUCAGCACCGGAGCAUGGAUAAUCACAGGUGGGAGCAAUUCAGGCAUCAUGAAGUAUGUAGGUGACGCCAUCAGGGAUUACGCUUUGGCUAGUGGCAACGCUACUCGCACAAACGUGGUGGCUAUCGGCAUUGCCACAUGGGGUGUCAUCGAUCAAAGAGACAAGCUGAUUAAUGAAAAGGGUCAAUUUCCCGCCACAUACCGCAUGGACACCAAGAACCGAAAGGGGGUGCUGCUGGACCCCAACCACACACACUUCAUCCUGGCAGACGACGGCACGAACGGACAGUUUGGAAAGGAGAUCAAAUUACGAGGCAAAAUGGAGAAGGAAAUAUCAGAGCAGAAAGUAGCAGGGAACCCAGAUGUUUCUGUACCCAUUGUUUGCGUUGUCGUGGAAGGAGGUCCAAACACCAUAGCCACUGUGUUUGAAGCUAUCAUGAACGGCACCCCAGCUGUUAUAGUAGCUGGAUCGGGAAGAGCCGCUGAUAUCCUGGCAUUCGCAUUCCAGAGGGCGCCGGUUGUUGAACGCCAAGUGAAAGAUGCUGCGGGGAAUAUCAGGAAAGAAAAGAAAACCGUCAUAAGUGACUCGUUAUCGAAACGUCUUGCAGCCAUGCUCUCUAAGGAGUUUGGUGAUGCUGAGCUAGACACUCAUCUGACGCGCAUCAAGGAGAUGUUGAACAGAAGACAUUUGAUCACCGUCUACGAGCUCGGAGCUGGCUCAGAUAUUGACAGUGCUAUCCUGCAUGCACUCCUUUCAGCAAAUAAAGGAAGUGUUCAGGACCAGCUGCAACUUGCUUUGACCUGGAACAGAGUUGACGUUGCUAAGAGAGAAAUCUUCAUCGAUGAUAGAGAUUGGACGAAAGGAGAUCUUGACAAAGCCCUGCACUAUGCGUUGGUCAACAAUCUUGUUGACUUUGUCCGACUCUUCAUUGAGAAUGGAGUCAGUCUCAAGGACUACCUGACGAUAGCAGAACUUACCUCGCUAUACAAUGAGGUGAAGGAGAGAACACUUUUAUAUGAACUGUUGGACAAACACAGGUCAAAGACGACAAGAAGUGUGUUUGACCUGAUCGACGUCGGCAAGGUGAUUCAGGAGCUGACGAUGGACACGUUCAAGCCUCUAUACCUAAGCCGUGAUUUUAAGAAGAAGCUAAACGAGGCUAGAGAGGGCGCUUCUAUUGGUAGCAGAGAGACGUUAAAUGUUGGAGCUGGGAUCUUGCCGAUUGAGUCAACGGAGAAGCCUAAGCGAGAUUUUUACAAUCCGAUUCGAGAGCUGUUCCUGUUUUCCAUAUUACAGAACCGAGACGAGAUGGCACGCAUGCUGUGGGAUGAAGGGAAGGAGGCACUGGCUAGUGCCCUGACUGCUAGCAAGAUAUUGAAAUCCAUGGCGUCCAAGGAGGCUGACCAUGACCAAAGCACCAUGAUGAAAUUGCAUGCUGCGAGCUAUGAAGAGGUGGCGUUGGGCGUGCUGGGUGAGUGCUAUGCCAAUAACCAAGACCACACCUCCCUCCUCUUGGCAUGUGAGCAAAAGAACUGGGGUAAGUCAACCAACCUCAAUCUAGCCAAGCAGGCAGAGAAUAAGAACUUUAUUGCCCACUCUGGAGUGCAGAAAUUACUGACUGAGAUCUGGAACGGCAAGCUGUCUGAUGAGAACAACUACUGGCUGGUUUGGUUGUGUUCGUUCAUCCCGCCAUUGAUUCCAUGCCUCAUUAGGUUCAGAGAAGAUGAGAUCAAGGAUAGGGACCUCAAGCAGAGAAAAAGAAAGAGCAGUAAGAAGAAACAGAGCAUUACCCAGGAGAGAUCGUACAAAGUUGUUGAGGAGACUAAUGAAGACAUUCAGAUGCAAGAGAUGGAAGACGCCACAAUCAAAUCCAAUCAGGAAGACAACGGUGAUGCAGAGGUCAAUUCCAGCAGCAAUAAUACGAACGAUACAUCAGAGGAUCCAUUGACUAAGGAGGAACAUUACCACGAGACAGCUGAUAUCGACAUCACUAAUAGCGGCCAGACGCUGUCAUGGUGGCAACGUUUCAGUCUCUUCUAUAAUGCCCCAGUCAUUACGUUCAGACACAGUGUGCUGUCGUAUUUCAUUUUCCUUCUGUUGUACAGCUACAUCAUCCUAGUGGACUUCACAGUAAACAUAUCCAUCUUUGAAUAUGUGCUCAUAGUCUGGGUUGGAUCUCUCUACUUAGAGGAAUUGAGACAGAUAGCACAGGGUGAGGCUAACAGUUGGCGUGUACGUUUCUGGUAUUGGAUAACUGAUUACUGGAACAUGGUUGACCUAGCAACGCUCCUCCUCUUCGCUGUCGGGAUUGCUUUGAGAUUCUUUGAGAAUUUCGUUGACUACGCUCGUAUCAUCUUGGCACUAGAUUUGGCCGUCUUCUACAUUCGCAUCUUGCAGAUAUUCAGCGUCAGUAAGAAACUUGGACCCAAGCUCAUCAUGAUCGCCAAAAUGAUGGUAGAUCUUGCUUUCUUCAUUGCCAUCCUCUCAGUGUUUCUUGUUGCUUACGGCGUUGCAUCCCAGGCAAUCCUCUUCCCCAAUGGGUCCAGCUUUCAUGAGGUCAUCUCUGGUGUCUUCUUUAAAGCUUACUUCCAGAUGUACGGGGAACUGUUCCUUGAAGAUAUCCAAGGGAACAACGGUUGUUCUAACGAUUUAACAUUGAUUGAAGCUGGCGCUCCACGGUGUGCUGAGUAUUCAACUAUUGGAGUCAUUCUGUUAGCAGUGUACAUGAUGCUGAGCAAUGUCCUGCUACUCAAUCUACUCAUUGCUAUGUUUAGCUACACCUUCUCAGCAGUCCAAGAGAACACAGACGUCUACUGGCGAUUUCAACGCUAUGAUCUGAUUAAGGAGUACUUCAACCGACCGGCCAUUGUGCCUCCCUUCAUCAUCAUAGCUCACGUCUUCUUCCUGUGCCGUUUCCUCAUUCAGAAAAUCUGCGGCUGCUGCAUCUCUUACCGAAGUGGACAGAUGAGGCAACACAUCUCGGAUUCUAAAGCGAGGCAGUUGAUUUUAUGGGAAGCCAUACAAAGCGACGACUUCAUCACCCAGGAGAGGCGCCUGAUGCAAAGUGACAUCAAUAAACAAGUCAUGACUACCGGGGAGAGAGUUGAGGAUCUACUUGGGAAGAUGGAAGAACUCUUUGCUGAUCCUGAGACAGGGAUGCCGUCAAGAGCUUUAGGAUUACUUGGUGAGAAGGCCAUGGAGGAAAGAUUGAAUAGACUGGAGGACCAGAUGGAGAGGACCAAUCAGGCUAUUGAUUGGAUUAUAACAUCUCUUCGUGACCAUAAACUGGGAUCCUUAGAAGGUCCACCAAUGCUGAAAGAGAUCAAGCCGAGAGAAGUGGAAGAGAACUAUACCUCUGAGAGUGAGGAACGAAAGGUUCCAUCAACGCUAGAAGAGCUUGGGAUAACUCUCCAUCAUAAGGCACGCUCAAGUCCUUAUCCCGGAACUGCCAUUGGUCGGUCCCCGGUACCCGAUGAGAAGGUACCCUGGGAGGUUAGCUUUCAUUUCUACAAGCCAGUCAGCUACACCCACGAAAGCAUUCUAGCCUUGCCACAUUUUGCCGACAUUGACUUGCUCAAGUACUCUAAGAGCGAGAGACCCAUGUUGAACUUUAACAUGCUCGACAAAUCAGUCAACUACGACCGUGUGAGUUUCAUGGGACACUAUAAUGUCACGGACGGUGUGCCACAGAAUCCACGAGGUCGCACCGGGAUGAUUGGCCGCGGACUGCUGGGUCGAUUUGGACCCAACCACGCUGCAGAUCCAAUUGUCACAAGAUGGAAGAAGAAUUCCGAUGGCGUAAUUAUUGAAGACAACGGACAGAAGGUUCUGGAGUUUGUUGCUGUACAGCGGAAGGAUAAUCAGCAGUGGGCCAUACCAGGGGGUAUGGUUGAGCCAGGAGAUGUUGUUAGUGCCACACUCAAGAGAGAGUUCGGUGAAGAAGCUCUUGGAUCAAUGGAGAAAUCAAUGGACGAGGUUGCCUUGUUAGCCAAGAAGAUUGAAGAUCUAUUUAGCAAUGGUGUGGAGAUCUAUAAAGGGUAUGUUGAUGAUCCCCGGAACACGGACAAUGCGUGGAUGGAGACCGUGGCCAUGAACUUCCACGAUGAAGACGGAACCUCAGUCAGCCUACUGGAAUUACAGGCUGGUGAUGACGCUCAGGGUGUUCGAUGGCAACGAGUCAGCUCCAAUAUUCGUCUGUUUGCGAGUCACCAAGCAAUGCUGAGGAAGGUUGCCGAGUUACACAAUGCUGCCUUCUAAACAUAAAGAACAACUCAUAUUUCCUCACUUGCCAUGGCACAACAGCCUCAAUAGUGACAGUCCCAAAACCAAAUGCCCUACAAAUGAAAAUUCCCUUUAAAUAGUCACCAGUAAAAGUGUUGGUUCGGAUUUUUACAAAUUGAAUAAACAACUUAUAGUUUUAAGGCUAUGCAGGUCAAAAUUUUUGGCUAUACAUAUGGCUGCGACUGUUGUUAAGGGCAUCCUAUACUUCAAUGCAUGAUGACAUUGUGAUCCAGCCAUAGCCGUAGCCUUAGCUGUAUAGCCAGAGUCGCUUAAUCGGACACAGCCUUCAUUGAUUUAAAAAGUACAUCAGGGAUAAAGAUUUGAUUUCAGGUUUAUACCCUCACACAAUGUGGUCCCUUGACACUACACACAGUGGUCAAGUGGUAAAGAAACAAGCUCCAGAAUGACAUGGGUCGGGGGUUCGAAUCCAACCAAGUAGCCUGCAGAUUGUUUCUUCCUUCAGGUCUUUUGAAAACACUGAGUAAAUAAACAUUGCGAACAUCAGCAUCAGGAUGUCAAACGGGAUCAUAUGUAAUAGUUUUAUUUUGUAGUUUUUGUACAAAACAUAAUUAUCUGUGGAAAUUAUCUUUAACACUUUUAUAUCCAACGUUGAUAUAUUUUGUAAACAUGCAACUGUUUUCUAUAAGGAUAAUUUUCUUCACAUGUUAAUACUCUUAUGGGCUCAAUAUUAAGUGUAAAUAUAACGUUUAAAUUGAAAGGGAAUUUUUUUUAUAUUUGUAAAUAGAAAACAAGAAAAAGGUUAUGAGAAAACAGUAAAUUGAAGACAAAUCCGUGUCAUUGAAAUUAAAGACACUGGACACUAUUGGUAAUUGUCAAAGACCAGUUUUCUCACUUGGUGUAUCUCAACAUA